UAUCACGCACAGUCUAUCAGUAGCUGACGACGUUCUUCGACACAGCACAGCCUCUUCUUUCCGUCGGCAACUUUCUUUAAAAGGACUGUAAUUCCGAAUAUCAACCAUGGCUCUACCAAGCACAUUCAGGAAGAUGAUGGUCACCAAACUAUCCACUAAUUUCCGAGAAGCCGUCAAGAUCAGUUCUGUUCCGAUGAUACAACCUGCUGCUGAUGAAGUGCUUGUGAAAACGAGAUAUGUAGGGAUCAAUGCAUCUGAGAUCAAUGCAUCAUCAGGAAGGUAUGCAAAUACAGGUGAACCACCGUUUGGAGCUGGUAUGGAGAGUGUUGGAGAGAUCGUCAGUGUUGGAAGUGGAGUGAAAAAUCUCAAAGUUGGACAGGCCAUAGCCAGCAUGACAUGGGGCGCAUUCGCUGAGUACAAUGCUGUGCCAGCUAAGAUGGCAAUCCCUCUUCCGGCAGCCAAAGCAGAGUUUGUAACUCUCAUGGUCAGUGGGAUGACAGCUGAUCUGAGCCUUGCUGAGCUUGGUGAAAUGAAAGCUGGGGAAAAGGUUUUGAUCACAGCCGCUGCUGGAGGAACAGGACAAUUUGCAGUUCAGUUAGCUAAGCUUGCUGGGUGUCAUGUGAUCGGGACAUGCUCAACAGAUUCAAAAGUGGAAUUCCUGAAGAAUAUUGGAUGUGAUCGACCAAUCAAUUACAAGAAGGAGAAUCUGAAAGAUGUUCUCAGAUCAGAGUAUCCGCAAGGUAUAGACGUCGUCUAUGAAACCAUCGGAGGGGAGAUGUUCUCUACCUGUCUGAAGUCCUUGGCGAACAAGGGGCGAAUCAUUGUGAUUGGCUUCAUUGAGAGCUAUCAGAAAGAGGGCGCUCUUGCUCCAAAGAAUGAAGGAUCAUGGGCUGGAAUAGUGCUCCAGAAGUCUGCGUCUAUCCGGGGGUUCCUUCUCUUCCACUUUGCUGACCUCUGGAAGCGAUCCUUGACCAACCUGACCCAGCUUCUCAUGGGAGGUCAACUCAAGGUCGCAUAUGACCAGGGCAAACAUGACCCUAAGGGACCGUUCACAGGUCUGGAAGCCGUCUAUGACGCUGUUGAUUACCUAUACUCCAAGAAGAGUGAAGGUAAGAUUGUAGUUGAACUCAACCCAGAAGACAAACCCAAGCUCUAACAAGCAUCUCUCAAGCAGCAACACUCGGGCAAACCAAACCAAACCAAAGAUAGCAAUGGGAGCACAUGAAGAAGCUAAACGGUUCUUAGCUAUCCUGGAAACCAGGGAAAACCUGGGGGCGUUUCACAAAACUUGUCAUCAGUGACAAAUGACAGUUAUUGUUAUAAGCUACUGAAAUUCUUGAUUCUGAUUGGUUAUCAGCAGAUUUGUCAUUGAUAUUUUUUCAUUUGUCAUUGAGGAAAGGCUUUGUGAAACGGGCCCCUGGUCAAUGUGUUCCACUUUUUCCAGGCAGGGAAUAGUCAGGGAUUCAAGAAAAAUCACUCAAAUCAAGUAAAAUGUUAAUAUCCCUAAAGAAAUUAGUCAGUCUCAUAUAAUUUGUUGUGUCGAAAGAAAAUAAUCACUAGACAAUUGGCAAAAGUCAAGUUUUAAGGAUAUGAAGCGAUAAACCAUAGCGUUUAAAAAUAAACAUUACUUGUAAAUGAAUGGACACAAAUUGACAAAGGUCUUACAAGUAUUCAAUUAGCUCUGUAUUAUAAGAUACAAAAUCGUGAAGCGCAUCACACUUACAUCAUUGUUUAAAAAACAACUACACUGGUUCACCAACUCAUAUCUGUACAAGGCUUUAUUGUAUGUUAAUAAGCUUGAAAUAAUGAUCUCCCAAUUCAUUGUACAAACUCCAUAACAGGUAAAAUUUCUGCACCUGUACUGUGAUCAUCUGUGAUUACACCUUUUUCGCCCAAACUUAAUGUGAUAAAAUCCGUAUUGGGAACACAAAUCCAUAUUCAGUCAUGUUUUCUGAGUGGUUUUGGUUGUUCAAUACUUGCUCAAAGUAGUUGAAAAUGAUACAUGAACACAUUCUAAAGAUGUUUUUCCACUCUUUGUAAUAUUGCCAAACUGAUUUGACUCCUUGCCCUUGUAGCACCUGAGUGUAAUGUUUAUUGAAUUAAGCUGAUCAGUACUAUUAAAAAAAAGACAUGAAAUACAACUUUUCAGAAUAUAUUCACUCAGUUUCACUUGCCUAAAAGCAUGUUAAACUGAGAAUAAAUAUGUUCAGUUUUGCAUGAUUGAAAGAAAUGAUUACCAGUAGUGUAGUGAAAAAAUAUUGUGAAGAUAUGCCCCCCUUUUUCCUGACUUUUCUUUUUUAUAUUUUUGAUUUAGCCAUACAAUUACCUGCCUGAUCAAUUGAAUUGAAAUCAAAAUGAAAUAUAAAUUGUAUUUCCCAUCAUGCAUCAGGUAUGGUCAAACGGUCAGUAGGACCAAAUAGAGCUUAAAGCUGUUAUGUGAGAAUUCUUCUUCUUGAUGUAAUAACAUUUUCUUGUACAUGUAGAUUUUAAAUGUUCAUUUAGUUGAAGAAGUUGCUCAGGUGCUUUGCUAAAUCACUUCCUAUGGGUGAAGUGUCUUCAUUAAAAUUUCCUUACAACUUUAUAAUUCUUACUGCUUUCUUAUUAAAAAAGAAGCCUCUUUUGUUGAGGGGGGGGGGGGGGGUAUCGGUUAUUACGGAUUCCCUGAAGCAAUGGAAGCUUGGGCCAUUCUCUGAAUCAAGAUUUAGAGAGCAGGUUUUAUUUACGCAUACCCGCCUGCUCUAACAACACCCUGGACGCUAAGCUAGAUUUUUUUUAAAUGAAAAGAAGAAAUCACUGUUAUGAUUAUAUUUGAA